AGUUGAUUUGUUGAUUUGUUCGUCUGCUCGUUUGUGCUUUUGUUCUUUAAAAGUCCUGUUCGUAAUUUACGUCAAGUAUUGAAAAUAAAUACAAAUAGAGGCGAGCAAAAAUUGAAAAAGUGAAUCUGGCUAAACUCAAAUAUUUUAAUGGCAAUCAUCUAAUGGAGAGAGAUUUAAUGUAAAAUCCGACGGAAGCUUUUUUAAAUUUUGGAAUUUACUGCGGUAGCGCCAAUAUUCUAAUCGCCUAUAAAAAGUGUUUUAUGUUCUACAAAGUCCUGCCGUAAAAACAAAAACAACAAAUGCACAUAUUUGCUUAUUUAGGACGCACGUCGGCUGCAUAAAGAAUCCAGAAUAUUUUGCCAUCGCGAUUCUGAGGUGAUAUUAAUGAAAAAAUGAACAGCUUACGACCGACGAGCAUUUCUGACGCGGCACUGCUGCAACGACUGGAGAGUCAGAGUAGUAACAGUGAGCCUUCAUCGCCGACGCUACAAGCGGGUGCUCCUCAAACAUCGGUGCUCCAUAUACGAAAUAUACAGAUGGCAAAGGUUGAUACAACAGCGACGAGAUCACAGCCACUGCCAAUCAACAACACUCAAUAUAAAAACAACAAUAACUUGGCUUUGCCAUUCCCUGGUUUCAUGAACGAUGGUGGUGGCUCAAGUGGACUCUCGAAAAUAACAAAAACGGAUUAUCGAAAUGGAGUGGGAAAAAUUUGUUGUCGCAUUGGAUCGGAUCUAAUCAUCCUGGCAUGUGUGGCACUACCAGUAUUGGCAUUUCAACUUUGGGGCGUUUCUUACAAACGUGGAUUUUUCUGCGAUGACAAAACCUUAAAACAUCCGUACAAACGAAGUACAGUCAGUAAUUGGAUGCUAUUUGUUAUGUGUUUCAUAGUUCCAAUAUCAAUCAUUACGGCAGUCGAGUUCUUCGUUUCACACUACAACAGAAGUCAUGGACUGGUCAAUAAGACUUUUGAACGAUAUUACAUUGGGCGAUUAGAAAUUGCAGACUGGAUUGUGGAGUGCUACAAAAAAAUUGGGCUUUUGAUUUUUGGUUCCGGUGUAGGUCAAUUAACAAUGGAUAUCGCCAAAUAUACAAUUGGACGUUUGCGGCCACAUUUUUCCACUGUCUGCCAACCCGUUUUGGCUGACGGUAGCACUUGUAAUGACGCUUUUAAUGCAGGCCGCUAUGUGCAGGAGUUCUCCUGCGCUGGUAAUGCUACUCCACGUAUGCUAAAACAAAUGCACCUCUCUUUUCCCAGUUCUCAUGCGUGCUUUGCCUGCUUCACUAUGAUUUACAUGACGAUCUAUUUAGAGAAUCGCAUGACUUGGAGAAGAUGUAAGAUGCUUCGGCACUUCAUUCAAUUUCUGCUGCUUAUGUUCGCGUGGUAUACUGGAUUGACACGUGUUUCCGAUUACCAGCAUCAUCCGACGGACGUAUUCGCCGGAUCAGCGAUCGGUGCUUUAUAUGCUAUUCUGUUGAUGAAGACAAUGUGUUGACUAGUUGCUAAUGGCGGUAUACUAUGGAACUAGGAAAAUUCUCCAAAAGCAUUUUAUUUACACUACAUAAUUAAGAGUUGAAAUUUAUUUAAUUAAAAUUUAUUAUUAUUCAUCUUAACUUUAAUCGCAUAUUAUCAAGAACGCAUUUCUAUUACUUACAUAUAUA